AGGAGGAAAGGAAACCUGGGAAACCAAGCAACCGACUGGUGUUGAAGAAGGCCAAACGGAGGACUGAUCAGAAGUAUCUCUGAACGAAUAAAUUCAGUAAUUAUGGCGACAUGUUCCGACUACAACGAGGAAAAUGAUGCGGGGAAGGAAGAAGGUGGUGUCAUUCCUGACGUGGAAGAGAAAAUUAAAACUCCACCAAAUAGCCCUGCACGCGAGAUGCCAUGCAGUAGUUCUAGCUCAAACGUUACAACUCCAAGAGACAAAGGGGCUAGGAGUAGAUCAACCACAUCUGGGAGACUCCUGACACCAAACCCUGAUGGCGAUGACCCAGAUGAUUUCAUCGAUGAGGCAGAGAUAUUACCAAAGAUAUACGUGUCAAACAAGUCUUACAGCUACGAGGAGAGAGCGUCUCUAUACUGUGACGAAAUGAUCGGGCCCUUUUCGGCCGAAGAAGUAGACGAAGCAAUCAGCUGUUACAUCUCAGACAAACUGAUUGACGCUCCAUUCUGGAUAGCUGUGUGGAAGACGACUCCUGAGGUUAUGGGCUGCCGCUUACCAAUGAACAGUAACAUCAAUGACAUACCAUACGUUGGCGUUAUGGUGACGGUGAACUGCCUUGGGUGUGAUGGGAAAGUCAUGCCUCUCCAAGUCUCAGCAUCAAUUGCUGAACCAUACUCUUCAAAUAUUUCUAACUUGCCAAGAGAACAUGUGGAGGAAAUACUGAGGAAGCACAAAAACUCAGUCUCUGUCCUAGACGUCUAUCCAGUUGAGGGUCAAGGUCCUGAAGUUGAUAGUGUUGCAGAGGCCCUAGAGCAUGCCAGGUUUUUCUUCGAUUUUCUGUGGCGGCACUGGGAUGAUGAUGAGGAAUACGAAGAGUAUUCUGGAAUCAUAGAGAAGCGCAUACAACUGUACUAUGACAUCCAGGACGGAACAAUCCCAGGGCCAAUUAGUGAGCGCUACCGCCGGACUCUGGAAGAAUACCGCAACAAGAGGAUGGAUUUCAGCAAGCUGCAGUCCAGCAUCAGAGAGGACUCCUCUCCUGGGGAGGCUGUGGAGUGCUGGAAGAGAUACUACGAGCUGUCCUUACUCAGCGGCCUCCUGAAAAUCUGGGAAGACCUAAGACUCAGGAGCCAUGGGCCUUUUUACCCCAGGAUCUGCAAGCGCAGGAAAGGACAGAGAGCACGUGGAAGGAAGGUCACACACAUGGUGGCUCAGAUGAUCACAACAGACAUGAUCCAGAGCUUCCCGAAGGACGUGCUGAUCAAGCAGCACGAGACCCUCUCAGGGGCCUUGGAGAACUGCCACUCAGGAGACACGGUGGUGAUCUUCCCCGGUGACUACAAGGCUGUUGCAUUGGCGUCACUCACAGAUGACAUCACCAUCAAAGGAUCUGGAAGUCGGGAUGAAGUGGUGAUCUUCUCUCAUCGUUCCUAUGACAACUUCGUGACCUCCAAAGCGGCACAGGUGACGCUGCAGAACCUGACCCUGGUGCAGUGUGGCACGUGCGACGGCAUCGUGGUGGUGGAGUCGGGCCACAUGACCCUGGACAACUGUGUGCUCAGGUGCGAAGGCACAGGUGUGUGCGUGCUGACGGGGGCGUCACUCACCAUGUCCAACUGUGAGAUCACCGGAGCUCAGGGUGCUGGUGUAGAGCUGUACCCGGGGAGCUCUGCUGAGUUGAAUGGGAAUGAGAUUCACCACUGCAGCAACCGCUGCUCCAAAGAUGCAUCCUGCAGCCUGGGAGGAAUCGUCAUGAAGGUCAUUCCCCAGCCUCAGCUCAAACUAUCCAACAACCACAUCCAUGACAACCAGGGCUAUGGAGUGAGCAUCCUGAUGCCGGACAGCAGCCCGCGUAGUAGUGAGACGACUCCAGAGUGCACCGCCUCCGGCGACAAGUCUGAGACAGACACCACCGGCGACCAACUGGCCAAGGCCAUCCAGAACCUCAGUCUGGAGACCACUACCAACAAGCUGGAGGGCAACACCAUGGGGGAUGUGGGUCUACUGCACAAGAUGUGGACAAACGUGUAAGUGGACUACUACUGUGACCAAUAACAGUGAGAGCAAUGCUUUGGUAAAAGAAAAGUUGAAUUGGUAAAACGUGACAAAAUUCAAUGAAUCCUAUCCUGUUCCUAAAAUGUGUUCAAAUGUGCUGUAAUCCACAUCAACAUGUACAUAUGUUUAUGUGUAAUCCACAGAAACUGUACAUAUGUUCAUAUGAUUUUCCUCUUUUUCUGUCUCACACAAGAUCAUAUUUAGAUUUGUUCAGUCCUUAAUUGUUUAAUACCUUGUUUUUUUCCCCAAAAAAUAUUGUGUCUGCCCUGCACUGUUAUUGCAGCUGAAUAAAUUGCAGCUGAAUGUUGUCUAGUCUACAUUUCUGCACUGUUUGUAAUUAUCUAUAUUUUAAAAAAAUAUGUUUUUAUUCUGAUUUUGUUGUAAUCCUUUUAGAAACUAUUAAAUAAAUAGUUUUAUUGAAUACUG